UCCUUUGAAAGGGCAGCGUGGGAGGUGCCAGAGGAGCAGGCAGCGGCCGUGUGUCCCGCUCAGCAGGAGCGGCGAUGCUGCGGGCGAGCAGCCCCGCGGGCACGGUGACACUGGCACUGCUGGCACUGGCGUUGGCACCGGGAGAAGGGCAGCACUACGACUACUACGGCUGGCAGCCGGACAGCGUGCCCCGAGGGCGCUUCUACGGGCGGGAGCCGCAGUGUGUCGACAUCCCUGCGGACAUGCAGCUGUGCCACGACGUGGGCUACAAGCGCAUGCGGCUGCCCAACCUGCUGGAGCACGAGACCAUGGCCGAGGUGAAGCACCAGGCGAGCAGCUGGGUGCCGCUGCUCAACAAGAACUGCCACGCGGACACCCAGGUCUUCCUCUGCUCCCUCUUUGCUCCUGUCUGCCUCGACCGCCCCAUCUACCCGUGCCGCUCGCUCUGCGAGGUGGUGCGCGAUGCCUGUGCGCCCGUCAUGGAGUCCUACGGCUUCCCCUGGCCCGAGAUGCUGCACUGUGGCAAGUUCCCUUCCGACCACGACCUCUGCAUCGCCGUGCAGUUUGGGAACAACCAGGCCACCCCGCCACCGGUGCCCAAGAUCUGCACCCAGUGUGAGAUGGAACACAAGGCGGAUGGCAUGAUGCAGCAGAUGUGCUCCAGUGAUUUUGUGGUGAAGAUGCGCAUCAAGGAGGUGAUAGAGGAAAAUGGGGAGAGGCGCCUGGUGGCUGCCCAGAAGAAGAAGGUGCUGAAGCUGGGUCCCCUCAAGCGCAAGGACACCAAGAAGAUGGUGCUGCACAUGAGGAACACGGGCUCCUGCCCCUGUCCCCAGCUCGACAACCUAAGUGGCAGCUUCCUGGUGCUGGGGCGCAAGGUGGGCGGCCGCCUGCUGCUCCUCGCCAUCUACCCCUGGCAGAAGCAUAACAAGGAGAUGAAGUUCGCCGUCAAGUUCAUGUUUUCCUACCCCUGUCCCCUAUAUCAUCCCCUGCUCUACGGGGCUGGGCAGCACUAGGGCUCCGUCCCAGGACUCCUGCACUUGCCCUGCUCUGCAUCCCCAGUUCUGCACCCAGGCUGCAUUCAAGGAAGCCCUGAUCUGCACCCAGGACCCCUGCAGCCUCCUGAGCCCCCUACCUUCACAUAAGACCCCUGCUUGACCUCAGCUGCACCCCAGACCCCAGACCCCAUGCCCCUUCCCAGCUCCCAUACCCCCACCCUCUGUACCCACAGACUGCCCGCCCCAGCUCCCAAAAGCCCUGAGCUGCAUAGCCCCAGCUCUCCAGCACCCCACACCCUGGCCUAUCCACACUAGAGUAAAUUAUUUUGUCUGAGAUAAGCCUGCA